AUGGCAGGACGCAACAUGUUUGUACGCCGGCCAUGGCUCGGGCGGAUCUCCUCGCUAAUUUUUCCUGUGCUACUUGCAUGGAUCGUUAUUUUGGUCUUAGUUACCAAGUUUACUGCGCGGCCGCAAGUUGCUUUGCACGUUAGCUCCGCAUGGCACCGCCCCGUCAUUGGCCCCUAUACUUCGACAGCGCCUGCCGAGGACAGCGCGGAAAGCAUUGCAGAAGUGGAUGUGUCAAGCAACCCUAUGGCGCUUGUGGAGAGCAUGGCCGGCGUCCAUGCGUACGCGCCGCUCCAGCCAAACAUUCUCCCACUGUACAACAUCACCAUCGGCACAUGUAUUCCGCUUGUGGGGUGCAUUGUGGAUAAAAUAGACGACCAUGGCCUUGCGAGUGGGUGGAUCCGUGUAGAUAAGCCGCUGCGCUCGUCGUCGGCCAAGAAGCUCGGGAAACUUGCUCGGGUCGGCGCGAAUCCGAGUUACUGGCCGCAAGUGACGCGCGCCUUGUUUUAUCGUCGCGCGUACGGCCUCGAUGGCACGCGCAUUGUCGAUAUCAGGUCAGUGAGCGAUGUGGAAGCGAAGCCCGAAGGACCCGGAUGGCACAAGGUGCACGUCCCCAUGCGAAUCAAAAUGGCAUGGAACAAGGCCCCCCAAACCUAUUUGUACUUCCGCACGGCAACGCCCGAGGAGCACGACAAGCCCAUUACAGAGCUUGCCAUCACGUAUGGCGACAACCCCUCCCUGCCUCAAUUUUCCCUUGCAGCGACGCUCUCUGCGGAGCAGCCUGCAAGCCAUCUGUACGCACGACGCACCGUGCAUGUCCACCCCAAGACUCCCCAGCCCAAAUUCCACGCGAAUGGCACGUUUACCAUUCUGCAAUUCGCGGACCUGCACUUUAGUGUAGAGCAGCAAGCAUGCCGGGAUGUAGCAGAUGUGGGAGCAUGCCGCUCUCAUAACGAUACGCUUGCACUUCUCGAGCAGUGGCUCGAUGAGGAACAUCCCGAUCUGGUCGUCUUCACCGGCGAUCAGCUGAACGGCCAAGGCACGAGCUGGGACGAGCAGAGCGUGAUUUCUUUGUGGCUUGCUCCGAUCAUACGGCGCAAGAUCCCGUGGAUGGCACUCCUCGGCAACCACGACGCCGAGUCUGGCUUCCUUACACGCCAUGCCCACAUCGAGUUCCUCGCGCAACUUCCCUACUCCCUCACACGCGCCGGGCCCAGAGAAAUGCACGGCGCGGGCAAUUAUGACGUCGCUGUCCGCUCGCCCAACGCCGACCAACAAGAGCUGCUGACGCUCUGGGGCCUCGAUUCCGGCGCGAAUGCAAAACCGACCCUGACGCACCCUUGGAAAGGCCUGCGCUACGACUAUAUUCACCAAGACCAGGUCGAAUGGGUACUCGAUACCAUGCUGCGCCGCGCUCCUGCGCCAUGGCCAUAUACGCCGCCCGCGCAAUUGUUUGCUUACCCGCCCGGCACGAAUAAGUCGCAGCUUGGCCCCCGGCGUCUUGCACAGGACGCGCUGCGCAAUGCUCGUCCUCCCGGCAUAAUGUUUGUCCAUAUUCCAAUCCCCGAGGCAUUUGACGCCGUGGACCACGACGCAAGCGGCCGUGCACUGAUUUCGGGUGUGCGCGAAGAGAAGCACCAGCGACUUGGCGGCCAGGCAGAGCGCGGCAUUUUUGCCGCGCUUGCGAGCGUACGCAGCAACGAGACGCUCGGUGUGCAACUGUUUGUGCACGGGCACAUGCACAAUAAUGACGACUGCCGCAGGAUAAAAGGGACGUGGAUUUGUUUUGGCGGUGGUGCAAGCUAUGCAGCGUACGGCAAAGUCGGCUUUCCCCGCCGUGCGCGCGUUUACGAGGUUGGAUCGUACGGGCAGACAAUCAAGACGUGGCACCGCAUGGACAAUACAACAGACCGCAUGCAAGAGACCGAGCUUGAGACGUGA